GCGUCUUCGCGUAUCCUUCUUUUUUUUCCUCCCGUCCUUCUUGUUUCUUUACGCUGAGGGUCUUCCAGUCCGCUCAGACGGGAUAAAGAGAGCGCCUGGACGCGGAGCCGGCGGAGGGGUGCGCUCGAUAACUACACACUUCCCAUCCCGGGAAGAGAGCGGCGCGCAGGAACACACGCUCUCUCCAUCUCUCCUUCUCCUUUUACUCCCUCUCUUUCUCUCUGCGUGCUUUUCCCCUCUCCCUCCAGUGCAUACACGCACGCUCCGCGCGCACACGCAUACGUCUCCACUUGGCCGUAGUAAAUUACAGCAUUGAUCUCAAAGGCAAGUGUGGAUCUGUCUCUUCUGUUCGCUCCUUGCUCGACGGAGGGACUCGGAGAGACGCUGAGGAAAAAAGCUAAUCGUCUCAGUGUGCGUUUGACUGUGAGGCCCCCUGGACAUGUCUGUUAGCUGCCCUGCGUGAUGCCUGAUCAUGACAGUACCACCCUCCUAACCAGACAAAACAAACGCAGACGUGUCGACAUUGGGGUGAAAAGGACUGUGGGUAGUGUGAUAUUCCCCCGUGCCCAGGAGACUCUGCUCGACGCCAUGAACCAGUCACACGGCCCCGAUCAGGAUGGAAACUGCUCAUUGGUGAGUCAUGGCCACGGGGCCACCAAUGGUGACGGAGAAAAGUCAAACGUCCUCAGAAAGCUGCUGAAGAGGGCCAACUCUUAUGAAGAUGCCAUGAUGCCUUUUCCUGGGGCUACAAUAAUCUCCCAGUUAUUAAAGAACAACAUGGGAAAGAAUGGAGGGAGUGACUCUGGCUUUCAGGGUAGUGGAGCUUUGUCCAGUGGAGGUUCCGAGAUUCAGGCUGAAGACGCCUGUAGUAACUCUUCAAGGGACAGUCCAUCCGACUGCCUUUCCCCUGCUCCUCCUCUACCUCCUCCAUCCUCCUCCUCCAACUUUGGACGGCCACCACCGCCCCCAAAUCACAUGUCACACAGCUCUUCUCAAUCCUUAUCUACUUUCGACCUGGAACGUCUGUCGGAUGAACACCUCCGCGCCAAGAGAGCCCGCGUGGAAAAUAUUAUCCGUGGCAUGAGUCACUCCCCGCUGGUCCGUCCCAAUGGCAGCGACCACAACCAAGAAGGCAAUCGUGAGAAUGAAAAUGGCAGCAGCAACAGUAACGACCACAGAGUAGAGGACGGCGGUCACAACAGCAGCCGCCGUGGUGAUUGCCCUUCCCUCCUGAGCUCUCCUGGUUCACGAGGAGGAGUGGUUGGCAUUGGUGAAGUCUACAGAGAGAAUAAGAGGAAGCAGCGUCUCCCCCAGCAGCAGCACAGUUUCACCCAGCUGGUUUGUUCCAGACAGGAGCAGAGACAGGAAGAGAGAAGGCAGCUCAAACUACAGCUUGAAGACAUGCAGAAACAACUGCGGCAACUUCAAGAGAAGUUCUAUCAGAUCUAUGACUCUGAGACAGAGGAAGAGGAAGAAAAUAUAGUGAAUGGAGAGGCCAACCGAGGGAGGGACAGAGAGGAGGAUGGCAACCUUUCAGAGGACAGUAUACGCUCUGAUGGGCUGGAGGAGAGUCACAGAGACAGAGGGCGGCAUAAGCAUGACGACCAUUCCGAACUGGACCCAGGACUGUUCCUGGACCGAGCCCUCCUCCGUGAGCAAGCCUUGAUCGAUGGAGAAAUGGAGGAGGAUGCUGACAGCCGAGAAGGGGAAAGAAAUGGGGAAAUGGUGAUAAAGAGGAGAGCAGUAGCAGGAGGUGGGGGAGGAGGAGGUAGGCAGUUGGCCGAGACGCUAAAGCAGGAGCUGAACUGUGCUGUGUCACAGGUUGUUGACACCGUCGUCAAAGGGUUCUCCUCGCCCAAGCAGACCGCCAGUCACCAUCAUGGCUGCCACAGCAGUACACCAGCUGCGCCUUCUUCUUCCUCCAACUCAUCCUCAUCCUGUCCACCACCUUUCGGGCCACUACCCCCACUUACCCCAGACUCACGCUUUGGUGGUGGUAAUUUGGCACUCAGUCUGAACAGUGAAGGCAGUCCCACCCCUAACUAUCAUUCCUCCAACCAGAGGCUGCACUGCUUUGGGGAUGUAAUCAUCCCCAGCCCACUGGAUUCAUUUGGCGGUCUGAGCAGCAGGCUAAGCGGUGUGCCAACACCCAACGAUCAAACAGAAGCACUGCCGCUGGUAGUGCGCAAAAGUGGUGGGAGUGGAGUAGAGACCACAAACCCAUCUCUUCCUCCCCCUCCACCUCCUCAUCAUCCCUCCCUUCACCCGUCCCCACUCACAACUUCUCUCAGCUUCAGCCAUCCAUCAUUUCGCCACCCGUUUCCUCUCCCCCUCAUGGGUUACCCCUUUCAGAAUCCCCUGGCGUCACAUGGAGGUGGAGGUGGCUACCCUCCAGGACCAAAAGACCACAGUAGGGUAUCCCCCGACUCUAUGGACAUAACCCGGGAAACUGUCAGCCUCAGAACCAAAAUGGCGUCCCUCGGAGGGGGCCACAUGGGUCACCAUCACCACAGGCAGAGCUCUCCGAGCCAGCAUGGACCCGAGGGCUUGUCGCUGUCACUCAUCAAGUCAGAGUGUGGAGAUCUGCAGGAUAUGGCUGACAUAUCUCCCUACUCGGGCAGCACUAUUCAGGAGGGCUUGUCUCCAAAUCAUCUAAAGAAAGCCAAGUUGAUGUUCUUCUACACUCGUUACCCUUCCUCCAACAUGCUCAAAAUGUUCUUUUCUGACGUCAAGUUUAAUCGGUGCAUCACCUCCCAACUGAUCAAGUGGUUCAGCAACUUUAGAGAGUUCUACUACAUCCAGAUGGAGAAGUUCGCCCGGCAGGCUAUCAACGAGGGUGUGACUGUGGCUGAGGACCUGACAGUGAGCCGAGAUGCAGAACUCUUCAGAGCACUCAACAUGCACUACAACAAGGCCAACGACUUUGAGGUUCCCGAUCGAUUUCUGGAGGUGGCCCAGGUGACGCUUCGCGAAUUCUUCAAUGCCAUUGUGGCCGGAAAGGACGCAGACCCAUCGUGGAAGAAGGCCAUCUAUAAAGUGAUCUGCAAACUAGACAGCGACGUUCCAGAGGUCUUCAAAUCUCCCAAUUGUCUCCAAGAACUCCUCCAUGACUGACUACGACAUGUGAGGAAGCCAGGCAAGAGGAACAAACCUCCAAGGACUGUCAGAAGACUGUAAAACCAGUCCUCCUUAGAGAUCUUUGUUGUUUUGGUUCAACUCGGAGGAGGUUUUAACAGCCCGUCUUUCAAAGAGAACACUGCCCUUAAUAAGAUUUUAUAUAAAGAGCUGCUCCUCUUAAAUGACAAAAAAGGGCUCAAGGUCAAUUUUAGAUAUUUAUGUCUGGACCUUUGGAAAUUAAAAGCAAAAAUAUGAGCAACUAAUCCUCCUCGCACUUACAGAAAAGAUUUUCUUCUCCACCUUGUUCAAACUUUUUCUUCAUCCUUCUCAAGGGAAAAAUAGAUGAAAGGGAUGCUGGACAGGAGUGAACUAAUAACAAAGAUGAUAAUAUAUUAAAAAAAAUCUUCUUAUUGUGGAUGUUUUUAAGUUAGAUGGACAAUUUUAAAGAAAAAAAGUGAUGUUUCUGUAUUUUCUCCUCCUUUGUAUAAGUCCCCAUCCUUUUCUCCUAUGAAUCAUGCACACAUGUAGGAAAGCACAGUAGCAUCCCUAUCCCUUAGCUGAACACAGAAAGGCUGAGGAAAAAUGAGAAAGUUGCUGUUUUCCCUCAUCUUUUUACUCUUUACUUUUUUUAACUGUAUUGACACUGUAUGUUUGGAACGUGUGGCUCCAUCUCUUUUUUGCUGCCCCUCGAAAGCAUAAGAGGCAGUUUAACUUUAGUGCAUUUCUCUAAAACACACAAAUCCCAAUGAUACUCUGCGCCUUGAAAAAGUAUUCCUACCCCAAGUGGUUGCACUGGACUUUAUUUAGGGGUAUCAGUGUAAAAAUAUUUUUAUUGGUGUCAUUUUCUUCCACUUUAUGUUUACAUGCCACUUUGUGUUGGUCUAUCACAUAAAAUCUCAAUAAGUUUUUUUUGUUUGUUUGUUUUUUGUGGUUGAACCAUGAAAAAUUGUGAAGAAGUUCAAGGGGUAUAAAUACUUUCUCAAGGCACUUCACGUAUCUCAAGUUUCUUUUAGAGAAAUUAGUCAAGUAAUUUAUUUCCUUAAACUUCAGUUGUGGGGUUUGAUUGCUUAAUUUAAUUCUAAAGCAUUGCUAAAUGUGGAUGCUGUAGCGGUGACCUAUAUAAAUGAGACAAGAAAAAGCCAGCUUGGUUAUUUUGUCUGACUAAUAUUGAGUAUUAUCAAAAGAAAUCCUGCAGAUAAAGCGUGAUAAGGAACUGUUAUUCACAGUUGCAUAUGAACACUACAUGCAUAUUUUUCCCAGGAUUCACAUGAAUCUUUCCCACUCUUUUUUUAAAUCCCCUAUAAAGUGACAUAUUUGCACCAGGAUUAUGAUGCACAGUAGCUAACCUUUUCAAUAGAAUUCAAAAUUACAGUAGAUUUCUAAUUAGUUAUUAUUACUAGAUCAGUUGAUAUUAGAGAUUAUUGGUGCCUUGUAUUUGUAUUUGGAAGUCCAAUUUGACUGGUUUCCAGUUUCAAAUGGAACAAGAACACCUGUAGUCGUACAUUCAAAUUAGGAAAGUUAGAGAUAUCCAAGACAUUGUAGGUAUAAAGUAUUUCUAAGCUUAUCAGUUUGAAUUUCACUAAAACUGUGGCGCAAAUAGAGCUGUACAACCUCUACAUGGUAGUUGGUUCAAGAGUGUGGCCUGGGGGCCAUUUGCAGCCCACAGAAUGAUUUUGCCUGGCCCAAAACCACAGUGCAACAUCUGCAAAAAUUUGGUCCACCCACGGUAGAUACACUAGGGUGAAAUUCAUAUUGAUGCAAAUCUCUUGAAUUGAGGUGCAGACAAAUUAAAAUUUUCACAAUAUGUAAAAUCUUCUGUAUAGCGUAAAGUAUUUGUAUUUUAUUUACUGUGUUUUUAGCUUUUGCAGUGACAUCCAAUGACUAAUAAAAAAAAAACAUUUAUUAAACUUGGCUAAAUAAAGCAAAAAAAAAAAAAA